CCAGGCGCACAGGCAGGCAGGCAGGCACCCACAGAGCAAAUAGACGGCGCACGAAAGUGGAAAAGGGAAGGGGGGAAGCAGGAGGAGGGACGAGGAACGCAACAGAAAACCACUCCUCCAGAACCAGAAAUCCACCAACCAACCGGAGAAUCCCUCCCCCCCGUCCGCGCUCCAGCGCCUCUGCGUGCUCCUCCCCCGCUCCCGCGGAUUCGAAUCUGCUCGCGGCGGGCCGGAUCCCGCUCGCUCCAUGGCGGAGGGCUUCGGGCGCUGGGAGUCGGAUCCGCUCUUCCCCGCGGCCGAGUGCGUGCAGGACUCCGCCGACAGGAUGGAGGGUGUUUACCGCUUGCUUUUGCAUGAAAAGAAAGUUAUACAAGAUGAUGCUUCAGAUGCGAAACUUCAUGCACCGAUACAGUAUGAGAGAGAUGUGACUACUGCUCUCGGAACUACCAAGUGGCAGUUAGAGCAAUUUGAGAGGGAGGUGAAUGCAGCUGCAUUCGCUGACAAGUCAACUUCAAGGGAAAAUGCAAUCUUAAAAUUUAGGCAAUUCAUUAGAGCUAUAGCUGAGCAAAUUUCUGAGGUGGAAGAAAGCUUGAAGACUCUUAGGACAGAUUUCAGUAGAACUCCAAAAUCUCCAUACUCCUCAAGUGAACAGGAUGGAGAUGGGCUGGCAUCUUUCCUUUCUGGUGGCAACACACAUAGUCAUGCAUACUACUCCACUGAUACAGAUGAAAUUACUGAACUUAAGAUCGACAGUCCGCCUAUGGUGAAUGGUUAUCAUUCUGCCCAAGAACAUACGACACAUGAACUCAGAUAUUCAGGAAAUGAUUUGGAAGGAGCAUCCAAAUUGCAAUGUUCACGUGGAGAAAGUGCAUCCGAAGGAGAUCAUAAUGGUAGCACUUUGUAUAGUUUGGAUGCUGGUGAUUCGCUAGGUACGAGCCACCGUUACAAGAACAAACUGAGCAGUCAGUACCGUGGUUUUAUGAGAAACUUAUGGUUUACAAAUAGAGACCAUGAGAGCUUUACAAAGAGGAGGAAAGAUGGAGAAGUAGUUGAUGGCUUGAGAAAUGGCAAUAUAUUACCUCCCUUCAACCUGCGUACAUCAGGAAGGACUAUCUAUUGCUGGCCUGAACUUAUCAAGAGAACAUUAAGUAGAUCUGAAUAUUCUACACGCUACAGUCACCCUCAACUUUUUGUAGCAACAUCAUUACUAGUUGCACUUGCUGUCCUUGGUUUGGUGGUUUUGCAUGUCAAGUGAGAUGAAUGCGGCGUGUAUCUAAUUUUGGUCCCUGUGUGUUGUACCGGUCACUGCGCCCGGCCGUCGGAGUGCCCUUAUGUAUGUAUGAGCCGCUUUGUUGCAUCGCAUCGCACCAGUCAGUCUGUGCGAUGGAAGAAGGAUCACUAUGCUUUUGAUCGCCACAGGAGGUUUGCCGACGUUUUUGCGCAGUUGGUAGCCAUGGCCUGGCUCCUGGUCCUCGGUAGCUCGACCGGAGCACCAGACCAGAGGAUGCUGCCUGUGAUACCGAUGCUCGUGCUGAUUGUCAUUGCCGGGGCCAAAAACCGACACGUCGACGUGAUUGUGCUGUAUUUCUUCACGAUGUGGCCUAAUCAACAGUUGCCAGAUCGCUGAGACCAACAAUUUGUACCGUAGACUUUUGGUUGAUUGUGUCGACCCAUGUUAAUAUAAUAUUUUCCCGCGAAA